AUGUGGAAGCCCGGCAGCGACCGACCGCAGGACAAGAAACCCAAGGCCAAGCCCAGCAGCAGCAGCAGCAAGAAUAAGAAGGAAGAUGCCGCGCCGAUGAAGAGCGACGGGCUGCCGCCGCGCGGCGUGAAGAAGGAGCCGACCAAGUUCGUGCUGUCCCAGAAGACGCUGGCCAUGAAGUUCAUGCAGCGCAAGAAGACGACGGACGCGCAGCGCAUUGCCGCCGUGCAGGAGCAGCACAAGCAGGACACGUGGGAGGCGGCGCCCGAGGACGACGCACAGGACGACGACGACUCCACGAUCAUCUGCAUCCGCGACGUGCCCGACCCGUCGCUGCCACUGGUGUUUGGCCGUCGCUCCUUCGGCGGCUUCAACAAGGGCGUGGAGGACGAGUUCAAGGAGGCGUCGAGGGCGCUGCGCUUCGCGGCGUCCGAGGAGAAGGAGCUGCGCGAGGAGGUCUCGGCCGAGGAGAUGACGUCGCGGAUGCUCAAGUACAUGGGUCUGGGCCGACGCAACGGCGGCAACAACAGGAACGGCGGCGGCAAGCGCCCCAAUGGCAACAAGCGUCAGCGGAAAUAA